CAUUGUCAAAAGACCAAUUCAUUUGACAGUUGACAGAAACUUUUAACUUUCGCCAUGUGCGUGUAUUAGUAAAUAAUUUAAAUAAUUCUGGAUCUAUAAGCGAAAAUGCAACAACCACAUCGCUCAGGAACGCUCAAACAAAGCAAUAAGGCUCACAAGUCUCGCCAUCGAUCUAAACGGGGAAUAUCGGCGGCAGUUAAAGGUAAGGUAAACGUUAAAGAGUUUGUUCGCCGUAACCGUCGAGAGCUGAAGAAAGACGAACGCCGGCACCAAGCUUUGCAAAUUCGUAAAAAUAAGCGUGAUGAAGUACUAUCGAAGAAACGUGCGUUAGGCGGCAACAGAAACCCACCGUUCCUUGUAUGUGUGGUUCCUUUGAAUGCGCAGCUCGAUGUACAGUCUGCUUUGGCUAUAUUGAGGACGUGCUCGGACGGCGCAUUAAUCAGCCAGUCUGAAAAUGGAGUUCUACACAUUGGGUUGCCGAAUUUCAAGCAGCGCUUCUCAUUCAUAUGCCCAGAAGUGGAAAAUGAGUUCAGCUUGCUUGAUGCUCUCAAAAUUGCGGACACUGCAUUAUAUGUCAGUUCAGCAUUGGAUGAGCCAGUUGAUGAAUGGGGGGAGAAAGUUCUGGCCCUAUCUAUGGCUCAAGGGAUGCCUACACCUGUAGUAGUAGCUAUGGACAUAGAAGGAGUUAAUCCUAAAAAACGUACAACAGAGAAGCAAAAUGUUCAAAAGCUGGUCUCAAAAUGGCUACCAGAUGAAAAGGUUAUGCAGCUUGAUAAAAGUUCUGACGGGUUGAAUGUGUUACGUAGGAUUGGAAAUCAGAAAAGAAACAUACUCCAUCACAGAGAGAAGAGACCGUAUAUGCUGGCCGAAGAAGUAGAAUACGUGCCUGAUGCUGAAGGUGAUCAUGGUACUUUGAAAGUCAGUGGAUACUUGCGUGGUAUGCCUCUAAAUGCCAAUGGGCUGGUACAUAUUGCUGGGUUGGGAGACUUCCAAAUGUCCCGAAUAGAUGGUUUAGAUGAUCCUCAUCCAUUAAGUACUGGAAAAGAAAAUACUAAGUCAGACAGUAUGGAAGCUGAAUCUAUUAAAGUGCAGGUGCUUCAAGUAGCUGAUCCAGCUAAACAAGAAAGUCUGGUGUCGGAAAAUAUCCCAGAUCCAAUGGACGCUGAACAGACAUGGCCCACAGAGGAAGAAAUUGAACAAGCCAAUUUGGAGACUCAAAAGAAAAAAGUAAAGAAAGUUCCCAAAGGCUGGUCAGAUUACCAAGCAGCAUGGAUUGUUGAAUCGGAUGCAGAGGAAGAUGGCUCUGAUAGUGCUAGUGGGGAUGACAAUGAAGACAAUGAAGAAUUCAUGUCAUGCGAAGAAGACAAUUCCGACCAAGAGGAAAACAAUGAGGAUAAUGACUUUGAAUCGGUAACUGAGUCAGUUAUGGGACCCACUGAUGACAGAUAUGAUGAGACUAUUGACGUCCAAGAGGAACAUGAGAUGCUACAAAAGUUAGCAGCAGCCAAGGAAGACCAGCAGUUCCCAGAUGAAGUGGACACACCUCAAGACAUGCCAGCUCGCGAAAGGUUCAUGAGGUAUAGAGGUUUGGAGUCCUUCCGCACCUCUUCAUGGGACCCAAAAGAGAAUCUGCCAGAAGAUUAUGCUAGAAUCUUCCAAUUUGAAAAUUAUGAAAGAACGAGGCGACGAGUGUUCAAGGAAAAUGAAGAUAGCCUUAUAAACAUGUAUGGUUCCUACAUAACCAUUCACAUCAAGAAUAUCCGACAAGAUCUCUGGAAGUCAUACCACUCGGCUAAUCCUAAUGCUCCAUUGGCUAUCUUUGGCCUUUUACCACAUGAGCAGAAAAUGUCAGUUAUGAAUGUAGUACUGAAGCGUACUGGGGCAAGUGACGAACCAAUCAAAAGCAAGGAGAGACUUAUCUUCCAAGUUGGGUACAGAAGGUUUAUAGUGAAUCCAAUAUUCAGUCAGCAUACCAACGGAAGCAAACAUAAGUAUGAACGAUUCUUCCAACCAGCUUCAACUUGUGUAGCGUCAUUCUUCGCGCCGAUCCAGUUUAGUCCAUCUACUGUACUUUGUUUCAAGGAAAAAAAGAAUACCAAGCUCCAAUUAGUGGCAACUGGAGUGCUGCUGUCGUGUAAUCCAGAUAGAUUGAUUAUCAAGAGAAUUGUGCUCUCUGGACACCCAUAUAAGGUUCACAAAAAAUCCGCUGUCAUCAGAUUCAUGUUCUUCAACAGAGAAGAUGUUCAGUAUUUCAAACCGUGCAAACUUAGAACAAAGUACGGGCGUAUAGGACACAUAAAGGAACCAUUAGGUACUCACGGACACAUGAAGUGCGUUUUCGAUGGACAACUGAAAUCUCAGGAUACCGUUUUGCUUAAUUUGUACAAGCGUAUGUUCCCGAAAUGGACAUACGAGAACUGUAUAGUUACUAACAGAGACAGCGAUGCUAUGACCGAGUAAUGUAAAUAAAAUCAUAUUUUGAA